AUGGCUUCUGAUACAGCAGCAGAAGAGGUCUUUCCUGCUCACGCAGUCAUUGAAUUCCGAGCUAUCCAGACAGGUCGUACGCACAGCCUUUCUUCUGCCCAAAACGUCCCUGCCGCUUCUAGCACUGGAGGCAUUCGCUCUCCCUCAGAUGUCGAUGCUCCACUCCUGGGCCUUCCUGCCAACCCUGGGACCAGUGCAACGCCAGGCCAAACAUUAAAAAGUUUCGAAUGCUUCCCAAAUCUACCGAUUGAGCUCAGACUCCAAGUCUGGAAGCAAUCCAUGGUUCCACGAAUUAUCACUUUCAAACCGGGUGGAGGGAAGCCAUUGGGUGCUAUGAACGCCAACCAAGAGUCUCGGAAUGAACUUCGAAAGUACUACCAUCUGUAUCUCAAUGAAAGCUCCGAUGUUCCUUCACAGAACGAUAUCUUGCCGGUUUCAUUCGGGGUCCUCAUCAACUACGAUAUCGACAUCGUCUAUAUCAAAUUGUUUAAGGAUGACCUCCAUAGAUGGACUGUACAAGCCGGCCUGCAGGAUGCUGCAAUCAAAUACCUACACCUCUUGAAUCAGGCUCAACGAAUAGCUUUCAACCUCAACGACAGGAGUCAAGACGUAGCUCGAUUUGGUUCUUACCCGGUUAUGAUAGACUGGAAAUGCACGUUCAGAUUGGGUACUGACUCGAUUACGACUUGGUGCCCUCGUCUAAAGGAAGUCUGGCUUCUUGCCGAUAACGAUGAGGAGCUUCAUCUGGAUCGACUUGUUCCAGCUACAUCCGUCACUAAGAGUCAAUUGGGAUGCAUGAAUACUGUCACUUAUGUUUUUGAACGUGCCCAUGAUCACUCCGCCCGCAACUCUGCCUUACCCAACUCUAAGUUUUUGUGGCCAUGGUUCAAGCAGAAUAUCACUUUGAGAUUCAUGAAGAUCCGCGACACUUAGUGAGAGCGGUGGGGUCGAGGAUACCGCUGGAGGUAGGCUCCGCUUGUUAGACGAGUAGUAUCAAAUCGGAUUUGGAAACAAGGGUCGCGGAUUGGAAACUUGGAACAUGGGUAUUCUUCAGAACUGUGAUUUUUCCUGCGGCGCCUUAGCAUACAAGGGAUCGAGAAGAAAUGGAGGUCUGUUUGGUG